AUGGCUUCCAUCUCGGAGAAGCAACCACAAUUGUCCAUGGACGAGUCCGAGUUCAGCGACUACCAUGAAGAGCAGCGCCAGAAGCUGCUGGGCGACGACGACGUGGAGAAGCAGUCGAUAGUCGAGGAACAGACACAAGCAAAGAGCGCACAGGAAGGAGCUGAAUACCUCGUCUCGACCCGCGUCAAGAUGAUCUGUCUCGGAUUAUACUUCGCCAUGAACCUGGGCCUCACGCUAUACAACAAGGCCGUCCUCGACAAGUUCGCUUUCCCAUGGCUCAUGACCACAUUACACGCUACAUGUGCAGCCAUCGGAUGCUACACCCUCCUGCUCGCAGGCCACAUCAAGCUUUCAUACCUCACACGACAAGACAACUAUGUCCUGGUGGCAUUCUCUGUCCUCUUCACCAUCAACAUUGCCAUCUCGAACGUUUCGCUAGAGAUGGUUUCGGUUCCCUUCCACCAAAUCGCGCGCUCGACUUGUCCCGUCGCAACCAUUCUGAUCUACCGCUGGUUCUACGGCCGCUCCUACGCAAAGGCCACAUACAUGGCUCUGAUCCCCAUCGUUCUCGGCGUUGGACUUAGCACAUACGGCGAUUACUAUUUCUCUCUUGUCGGCGCAUCCCUGACCUUCCUCGGUGUUUUCCUUGCUGCCAUCAAGCUUCCCGCCCUCGAACUCCUUCUGCGCAUGUCUCCUCUCGCCGCCGUACAAUCGCUCGUCUACGCAUACUGCACCGGAGAAGUCACCAGUUUCGGCAAGUUCGCUGCUGAGGGUGGCCUCAACUCAUCAGUCAUUCUCGCCCUGCUCGGAAACGGCAUCCUCGCCUUCAUGCUCAACGUCACUUCCUUCCAGACAAACAAGCUUGCCGGUGCCCUGACAUUGAGCGUCUGCGGCAACCUCAAGCAAUGCCUCACAAUUCUGCUCGGCAUCGUUCUCUUCAACGUCCGCGUUGGACCCGAGAACGGAGCCGGUAUGCUGGUCACUCUUCUCGGUGCUGCAUGGUACAGCAAAGUCGAGUUGAGCGUCAAGAAGCCCGCCCCGAGAUCAUGA